AUGUUCGCACUUAAGCUCCAUGAAAAUGUUAAGAAAAAAUCAAUUCCAAAAAAAUGGUUUAAAUUUGAUGUCUUAAGUCCUACUACAGCAAUUUUACGAGGAUCUUAUUCAAUGAGUGACAAACGUUUCAAGUUUGGAAGUAGAGGACAACAAGGUGCAGCUUGUUCUGUAAUAGCUAUAGUUUUUGGUUGCCUAUGUCAGCCAAAAGAGUGGACAUCUAAUUUCGUAGACCAAAUUCUCAAGUAUGGUGAUAAGCUUUUUCGUACAAGUCAAGCCCGAAAUCGUAUAAAACCUGGUAUUUAUAUGACAACCAAGUUAAUUUACCCAGAAUUUUUUAUCGAAGACUAUAAAUGCUGGGUAUGCAUUGAAGACAGUUGUGUCUUUGGUAAUUUGUUCAGUGAAAACCUUGGUAGUCCAGAUCUAACAGAUGGGCUCCAGCGAUUUUUUAAAACCAACAAUUCUGGAGUAUUGACAGCUCAAGAAAAUUCCGUAGCUAUUUGGCGAUAUCUUGAUAAAGGUUUUCUAUAUUUUGAUCCAUCCUCCUGUAAUGAACUUGGAGUUCAAUCUUCAAAUGGUGUUGCUUGUGUAGUCAGAUUUAAAUGUCUAAAUGAUUUACGAGAUUUAUUUUUAAGUAAUUUAAAUCAGAAAGACAAUUCUCGUUAUUGUAUAGAUAGAGUUAUUGUUUCAAAAGUAAAGUUAGUUGAUCAAGGAAUACCAAUCAAUGAAAAAUGUAUUCAUGCUGAUGAGAAUGUUUUAAAAAUGUUAAAUCCUACAGAAAUUAACGAAAAAAUAAAAGACCGUAAUCAGACAGUAGUAAAAGAAAAUCAUAAAUUAUUUCUCAUUAAAGAACCUUUUUUAAUAACAAUUUCCAAUUACAAUAUUGACACUGUAUCUGCUGUAACUUUUAUAGAAUUGCCUGGAGACAGAGCUAUUCUUCAUGGCUUGACUCAUCAAUUAAGUGAUGUGUAUAAAGGUAAAGGAGCUCAGAAUGUAGCCAAUUGCAUUGCAAUAUUUGGAAUGAAGAAAAUAAACCCAGUAAAAACCUGGUUAAGACCAAGACUUGAUGAAAUUUUAGCCCUGGGUGAUAAUUUAUAUACCGAGACAAAAGCAAAGUAUCCAAUGAUUCAAUCAUUAACAGCUGCUGAUUAUAAUAAUUCACAAAUGAUAGUAAGUGGAAAAAAAUUAUUUAAUGAUGUUGAUUUGAUUACCAUAGUUGGUACAUUGCAUUCCAAAGAUCCAUCAAUACUGAGUUUAAAACAAGCUCUUGAAGAAUUUUUUUUAGUCCACAAAGACGGAGUAAUUGAAAGUUCAUCAAUGGCUGUAGCUAUCUGGACUCAAGAUGAUUAUUUCUAUAUGUUUGAUCCUCGAGAAUGUGAUGCUAAUGGAGUCAGGAUGAUAGCUAAUGAAAAAAUUAAAAGCAGCGAAAAAGGCAAGAAGAAAAGUACCAAUGGCUUAUCUAAAAAGAUCGAAGGGAAAUGUUGUGUAAUGCGAUUUCCUAGCAUUGAUACACUAGCUGUUCACAUUUUAAACAACAUAAGUUCUUUAAAAAAGAAUGAUAGAUUUACAAUACGUCACAUUUCAGUAAUGGAUGAUAUUCCAGGUACUAGAAUGUGGAAUGAAUUCCAACCUGGUGAAGCUGGUAGAACUUGGAUCCUUCAAGGAAGUAUUUCUAAUGAUGCUGAAGAAUUCGAAGACGAGAGUCGUGGUUUUCAAGGUAUCGCUAUGCCAAUAGUAGCAUUAGUAAAGGCUAUAGAAAUUCCACCGAAUGAAUGGACAAGUGAAAUAAUUGAUCAAGUAAUUAGGGAAGGUGAUGCAUAUUUCAACUGGUGUGUUUCUACUGAAGAAGAAAAGGAUGAAGAAGAAGACCGAGAAUUAACUCUAAAAAAUUUAAAAACAAAGCUUUAUGUCGACAAUCGACGUGUAAUUAUAAAUGUAGAUGAACUAUUAGCAUCAGGAAGAAUUAAACCAGGUGAUCAGGUACCAAACUUAGCUGAUGGGCUGAAGAAGUUCUUUGAGAAUCAUCAGCAUGGUAUAGUUGAAUUGAAUAAUUUAUCUUUAGCAGUAUGGAAGCAUGAGAUAAAAAAUAAAAGUCCAAAAGAAAGUGAAGAAAUACCAUCAAAUGUAAGUUACUACUGUUUUGAUCCCAAUCCUCGAGGAAAAUUAGGCCAUCAAACCCCUCAAGAUGAUGAAGAGUUAGUAGCAUGUGUAGUACGUGCUGUAAAUCUCGAAGAAAUCGCUCGAAUAAUUGAAUUAAAUAUUGAUGAGAAAGAAGAAGCAUCUGAUGAAUUUUUUAUUCAUGGAUUCAAAGUAGAUUCAAUUAGUGAACCAAUGACUUAUGAAGAAUUAAUUGUCGAUAAAAAAAUUCCUAUAAGACCUGAUCUGAAUAAUUAUUCUGAACUAAGUGAAGAGGUAGCUUACUUAGCAGGAAGUUUUACUCAAGGGAAUACUUUGCAGUUUAAAUCUCGAACUCGUGAUAAACAGCAAGCUGCUAAUGCUUUGGUUGCUUUAGCUAUGAGUAAAUUAUACAAUCCGCACUUAUGGUAUCAAGAAGUUGUUGAUGAUAUUCUUAAACUUGGUGAUAAAAUAACUGAAGAGAAUUUGGAUAAUCUACCUGAGGAAGAAGCUGAUGUUGAUAAAGAACAGAUUAAAAGAGAUUACCUGGUACCUAGUGAAAUUGAUGAAUUCUUUGAUAUUGGAGUUAAUCGAGCUACAGUUGAAAUUGAAGAGGGAAUCACUUCAGGAAUGAUGAAAGAUAUUGAUACCAGUGUUGCAGAAUUCUUUCGAACAAAUCAAAUGGGAAUUUUAAGACAGGAUGAAAUAAUGAUACCUAUUUGGAAAGAAGGUCAUACUUAUUUUACUUUCAAUCCUCGUGGAUCUAGUGAUCAAGCUAAUUUAAAAGAAGAAAAAAAUAAUACUGCUAUUGUUUAUUGGUCUACAACGAUUCCUUCUCUAGUAAUGAUCAUCAAACAAUUUUUAAAUCCUGAUAAAAAUUUUACCAUUGAUGGAAUAACUCUGGAGAAUGAAUACGAAACAAGAAUAGCUGAAAAUGAACGUCCCAAAAAAUCUCCUUCAAAGGAAAAUCUGUGGAAUAAUUUUAUUAGAUUUUCAGAUGGCAUGUGGAAGUUGGUUGGAGAUAUAGCUAUUGAUGAUGAAAGAUUUGAAGAAAAAAACCGGAAUAAUCAGACUGCUGCUAUUGCAGUUAUAUCAGUACUUUUUUCAAAAAUUUAUGAAGCUCGACAAUGGAAUAGAGAAAUUCUAGAUGAAAUAGUUGUCAUUGGAGAUCAACUUCAUUCCAAGUCUGCUGAGAGAUUAGGAGAUAACAUUAAUCUGAAAGUUGAUCAAAUUAUUCCAGAAUUUUAUUUCUCAGAUCGAAAGCUUGAUCUAGCAAUAAAAGACUGUGUAGAAGUAGGAAAGGUCAAUAGAAACAUGCUAACUGGCUUGGAGAAUUUUUUUAAUGAGUAUGUUUCAGGUAUUCUAACAAUUGCUGGGAUUAAUUUAGCUAUUUGGAAGGCUACAGAUAUUUAUUACUGUAUUAUACCUAGUCAUUUUCGAUCUUUAAAUAAUGAUAGUCUGGAUAAAAACAUCACUGCUUACCGUUUUCAAACACUUCAGCUUUUAAUUAAUUACUUGAUGAAUUUAUUUAAUGCUGAAGAGGAUUACGAAAUGCAUGCAGUCGAUGUAAUAGAUUGGAAUAAGCUUCCACCUUGGAAAUUUGAUCCAAGUACAGCAGUAAGACCUUCUAAUUUACCCAGUUUAAAUGCAUUUAAACGAUUCCAAGGUUAUGCACGAGCAAUCUUACGAGGUGGAAUUCAUCAAGGAUCAAAUAUCUUUCCAGAAGCUAUUCGAAACCAACAAACUGCUGCUAAUUGCGUGGUGGCUUUAGCAAUGACUUUGGUAAAAAAUCCAGUUACUUGGAUAAAAGAAACCAUGGAUGAAAUUUUAGUAAUUGGCUUGAAUGUUCAUCAAGAAUCAUUACAAUCGAAAUCUUCUUUAAUGAAACUGAAACCUUCUGAUAUUAUUCGAGUCUUUCAGGUUGGUGAAAAUGUUUUAGUAUCUGAUAUUGAAGCAGAAACAAUUACUGGACAAGUUUCUCUCGAGCCUCCUGCACCAGAUGUCAAAGGGAAAAAAGCGAAAAAAGUUAAACCAACAAAAGCCAAAGGUAAAAAAAGAAAAGUUCAGAAACGUGAACGUCCGCCACCUCCACCACCGAUUCUUCUUAAAGAAGGUUUGAAAACAUUCUUCGACAGUAAUAAAGCUGGAGUUCUUGUAGUUGGACACUACAUGAUAGCUUUAUGGAAGGAUCAGGGUGUUUAUUUUAUUUAUGAUCCUCGUGGUCGUAAUGAUCAAGGAGAGAAAGAUGACUUGGGAGCUUCUUGCACCAUGUGGUUCGCUUACUUAGAACCACUUUAUGAUUUAAUUUAUACGAAUAUUGAUGAAUUUGACAGGUAUAGGAGUUAUGAAAUAUGUCGAGCUAUUAUUAGAACAACAAUCAUUGAACCUUUGCCAAAUCCAGUUGGGUUCCAAUCAUGUUCAGCAAGUCAUACUCCAACAGAAAAGACUGGUGACCUAGAAACAGCUUCAGAAUUUUAUUAUAUUGAUAAAGAAGCUAGUAUACUACUUGGCAAUAGUCAUAUGCAUGACGAAAGCUUUGAUGUUUCAUCAAGAGGUUUCCAAAGUACUGCAAUUGCUGCUGUUGCCAUUGUGGUGAGUCUACUUCAUGUCCCAUCGACUUGGACGGCCGAAUUGGUUGAUUCUAUUAUCAACUAUGGAAAUAUUCUAAAUCAGGAUAGCAUGAGGAUGGUACGGUCUGGACCACGAACCUUGUCUCCUUGUGAAUUACUUGAUGUGUUUGUGGUGGGAGAUUUUAAAGCAAAUAUUUAUAUUCAUCGUCAUACAGCUGCUGGAAUUUUACUCGUGCAUGACUUAACACAAGCACUGAUUCUUUUCUUCAAGAAUAACUGUGCUGGUAUUCUUCAUACUCCUGAUAUUGCUGUUGCUGUGAUGCAGCAUUAUGGAAAAUUUUAUAUGCUUGAUCCUCGUGAAUGUGAUAAAUUUGGCAGGUUGAGUUACGAUGGUAGUGCUUGUGUGACGAAGUGUAAAAAUAUAAUGAGACUGGCUUCUCAGUUUGUUAACAAUUGUAAUUACAAAGUUCCUUGUGUUUAUACAAUUAAUGCUGUGGAUGUUUUGAAUCUUCAGUUUUUUUCGGAUACUAUAAAUGUAAAUUCAUUAAAGUAA